AUGGAAGCAAAUUGUCUUUGUUCAUCGCCACUUCCUCCUCCGCCAUUUUUCUCUGGUCAAUCUCAAUGUCCAAAACUUGGAUUUGGGCACAGAAGAUCAAAGAGAUCAACUGCUAGAACUGCUGGCAUGGCUGUUGUGGCUGCUACAAGGGACCACUACGGAGGGCGAUCCGCUGUCGACGAGAGCUUGAUUGUUCUGAGAAAACGUAUUCAUGAGAUGAAAAUGGUGGAGAGGAACUACGAGCCUCCUCAGGAUUGGAUGCAUUGGGAGAAGCAAUGCUACGCAAGUUAUGAUGAGUAUAUUUGCAAUUUGGUCGGUUGUCUCCAAUCAUAUCUCAUGAACACUAGGCCUAGUUUAGCUCUCUCCAUGCUGCUUCUCGUCACCGUGAGCGUCCCAGCGUCGACGGUCAUGAUCUUGCUGCGUUUCAUGGAGGUGGCUAAUGGGGCUCUAUCCGCCGUUCAUCAUCUUAGUUGA